AUGGCCGGGGAGGGUGGCGGCCAUGGACACGCAGGGAAGGCAGCACCCCGGCUUCUUUGGGGUGGAACGCAGGGCGUGAGGCCGGGCAGGAGCCCCGGGGACCCCACUCGGGGCCGGUGCCCGGAGCCCCUCCUGAUGGGGAGCUGCCUGCGUCCUCUGCUUCGAGUCCUGGGCCCCCGGUCCCAAGCCGGUCACCACCUGAGAGCGACUCGAUUCCUCGUCCUGUCUCCGGGAGUCGGGGUCUCUGUCCCGAUGGUGAAGCUGACCUACCGGCCUGUCCCGCACUCCCCCCUAAGCCCCAGCAGCCCCCGCAUUCUCCGGCCUGGGCUGCCUGGGGGCCGCCGUGCCACUGCGCUGGGCGGAGCCGGACUGCAGGUGACAGACGCCAGCACCCGGAGGAGGUGCAAAGCUCAUAAACAGAUGCAGGACCAGCACAAAGGGGGGAUGGGCCUUGGUCCCCUGAACCAGGAGGAGGCGUCCUAUAGAAAGCCGCUCAACCCUCCAGAGACUCGGAGGUCAGGGGAGAGGGCGCCUGACGACAGUCCUGUGAGCACUCGCACCCCUUCCCCGGCCGCGUCCCACCCUCCUGAACACCCUCCACCUGGCCCCGUAACGACAAGGAAGGAGAGCCCCCCAGAGGACCGUGUGGGACGCGGGCAGAGGAAGGAGAGCCCCCCAGAGGACCGUGUGGGACGCGGGCAGAGGAAGGAGAGCCCCCCAGAGGACUGUGAGGGACGCGGGCAGAGGAAGGAGAGCCCCCCAGAGGACUGUGAGGGACGCGGGCAGAGGAAGGAGGGGCCCCCCGGAGGACUAGGAAGGAGGGGCCCCCCGGAGGACUGUGAGGGACGCGGGCAGAGGAAGGAGGGCCCUCCAGAGGACUGUGAGGGACGCGGGCAGAGGAAGGAGAGCCCCCCGGAGGACUGUGAGGGACGCGGGCAGAGGAAGGAGAGCCCGCCAGAGGACUGUGAGGGACGCGGGCAGAGGAAGGAGAGCCCCCCAGAGGACUGUGAGGGACGCGGGCAGAGGAAGGAGAGCCCCCCAGAGGACUGUGAGGGACGCGGGCAGAGGAAGGAGAGCCCCCCGGAGGACUGUGAGGGACGCGGGCAGAGGAAGGAGGGCCCUCCAGAGGACUGUGAGGGACGCGGGCAGAGGAAGGAGAGCCCCCCAGAGGACUGUGAGGGACGCGGGCAGAGGAAGGAGAGCCCCCCGGAGGACUGUGAGGGACGCGGGCAGAGGAAGGAGGGCCCUCCAGAGGACUGUGAGGGACGCGGGCAGAGGAAGGAGAGCCCCCCAGAGGACUGUGAGGGACGCGGGCAGAGGAAGGAGAGCCCCUCCCCCCGGAGGAUCGUGUGGGACGCGGGCAGAGGAAGGAGAGCCCCCCCAGAGGACUGUGAGGGACGCGGGCAGAGGAAGGAGAGCCCCCCAGAGGACCGUGUGGGACGCGGGCAGAGGAAGGAGGGCCCUCCAGAGGACUGUGAGGGACGCGGGCAGAGGAAGGAGAGCCCCCCAGAGGACUGUGAGGGACGCGGGCAGAGGAAGGAGAGCCCCCCAGAGGACUGUGAGGGACGCGGGCAGAGGAAGGAGAGCCCCCCAGAGGACUGUGAGGGACGCGGGCAGAGGAAGGAGAGCCCCCCAGAGGACCGUGAGGGACGCGGGCAGAGGAAGGAGAGCCCCCCAGAGGACCGUGUGGGACGCGGGCAGAGGAAGGAGGGCCCUCCAGAUGACUGUGAGGGACGCGGGCAGAGGAAGGAGAGCCCCCCAGAGGACUGUGAGGGACGCGGGCAGAGGAAGGAGAGCCCCCCAGAGGACUGUGAGGGACGCGGGCAGAGGAAGGAGAGCCCCCCAGAGGACUGUGAGGGACGCGGGCAGAGGAAGGAGAGCCCCCCAGAGGACUGUGUGGGACGCGGGCAGAGGAAGGAGAGCCCCCCCAGAGGACUGUGA